ACGAAAGAAAAUAAUUCUUAUAAACCUAUAAUUAAGUCUAUAUUUGUAUAUAUUAUAAUGCUCCUUUUUAAGUUAGAAUGUGAUGAUCACAAACGCUAACUUGUUAAAUAGAUAUGCAAAUCGUUGACGUCGACUACUUUGGCGAGAAGAUCGGCAUGAUGUUCAGUUGUAAUGACAUGAGAAGUCGCAAAGUUGCAGCAAAUGAUUUCAUAUCGUAUAAAAUUAAAAUAUUUAAAAAUAGGUUUUGUUCAUUCAUGGCAAAUUGGAUUGUAUGCUAUAUACAUAGCAAUUUUUUUUUGUUACAGAUGAUCUUCGUAGGAGUAUCAUUACUUACUCCAAGAGAUGCAAGAAGCCCUUUUAUCCAUAGAUAUUCUUAAACUGCAAGUGUCAUUAAUCUAUUUUCCGCUUUAGCGGAAAAAAGUGAAACUCUAUCUCAUUUCAUCGUCUUUCAUGAGGCCGGUGAAUAUCCGAGAAGGACAAUAAAGUCGCAAGACAAUAAUUUUGUUCCAUUAGUUUGUCAAACGGACGAGCACCACUAAGACCACACUCAGGAACAAUAUCGAGACAAUAUUUACAAAAUUAUAGUCUGGCGACUUUAUUGGCAAUCGUCCCUGGAUAUUAUGCAUUGAAAAACUAUUUAGAAUUAAUGUAACAUAUAGAUAUAUGAAAAGUUUUAUUCAUUUGGGUUUAACCCUCCCAAGAACCCGAGUUAGACCCGAAAAAUUAAAAACAAAUAUUUAGAUAAUUUGGAUGGUUCAAGUUUUUGUAUAUUUUUUAUUUAUGGAAAUUAAAAAUAAUUAAUAUUUUAAUUAUAUUUUGAAUAUUCGGUACAUGUUAGGUUUUUGGUUUGAUUUCAAAAUUUGAGUUAUAAAAAUAGGAACCAUUUUUGAUCAAAAAAAAAUUAAAAAAAUUGAUCAAAAAAAAAUAGGAACCAUUCGGGGUUUUUUUUUUUAAUUUUACUCUCGUUUAUGUCACUAAAAUUUUGUGACAUAUUUAAAAAUUCAAUAUUUGUAUAUAAAACUAUAUGAUAUUAUAUAUAUAAUUUCAGUAAAUACAACAAACUAAACUCCAUAAUAAAUAUAGUUAGUUUAUAUAAUACUAACUAUUUUAUAAAUUAUAACAAGUUAAAUAAUUAUAUACAAAAGAAUUUAAGUUCAUGGAUUUGAUGAUGGUAAAAUUUUCAGAUUAUUCAAUUAAAUAUGAAAAGUUUUCUAUCAAAAUAAAAGAUAUGUUAUAUAUUAACUUAUGUUUAUUAAAAAUUAAAAUAAAAUUUUAUUAAUGAGAAACAGAUUAAAAAUAUGAGCUUAUUUCAAGUUUAUAAUAUUAAAAAUAAAACUAAUGUGAAACGAAUGUGAAACGAAUGAGAUAAAUAGAUUACUGCUUUAGAAAAUAAAUAAAUAAAAAUGUAUAUAAAAAUUCAUACAUUAUAUAUAAAUAAAAUUGUAGUUACACAAAAUUUACAACUAAAAACAAUCCCGCUCGGAUCUAGUUAUUUUUUAAAAACAAUCUCGCAUCAAGAUGGGAGAAGGGAUGCAGUAUUGGUUUGCUACAAGAUAGAAGUUUUAUAAUUUUUGAAAAAUCUGUGAAGUUGAUAUAGGAAAGGGAUAGAAGUUAACACAAAAGUUUAGGAAAGGUCACAUGAUGUAAAAAGGUCUUUUUCUUUUGAAUUCAAUUUAAUAUUCAAUUCAAAAAAAAAAAAAAAAAAAAAAAAAUUAGGGUUCUUGAAGGUAAGAUGGGUGAAUUCGAAGGUACGUUUCAAAAUUUGUAUAUCAUAUCUCGUGUUUAUAAUUUAGUACCGCCGGAUUCAAUUUUACAUGUAUUAGGGUGGAGUAAGUGGGUGGAACCUGCGUUUUUGCUGUGGAAACCUGAGGAUCCUGACUAUGAGAGACCUGUGUACGAUCCUGAAAAGGCUAAGUUUACGGCACAGGAAGAACUUGAUAGAAUGCGCGAACAAGUCAACCAGAGCGAUGGUUUUGAUAUCGACUUCGACCACUUUCGCUGCGUUUUCAACUACCAUCGUGCUUAUCUCGAUGAUGGGGAAUUUGGUGAAUUCGGGGACGAGCCUGAAACCACAGAGGAUUUUCUUAAAAGGCUCUCUCAUAAAUCUCUUGAGGACUACAAUUUAAACGAGAAGAGAAAAUUCGAGUUUGUCAGGGUUGUUAAAUCCAAUUUUCACUUCUCUGCGGGGCUUAUGUUUCUAAUAACAUUUGAAGUUAUUGAUCCUUAUGAUAGCGAGAUCAAACCCUUCCAAGCAAGGGUACGGUACCUCAACGAUACCUUCACUGAGUACGUCUUCUGCAGGCCCAAACCCAAUGCUGGAGUGGAAUACUUUGGGAAUGCCAAGACAGAUGUCGAGAAAGGUUUCAAGAAACAAAGAUUGGAGUAGAAGCUUUUAUAUGCUAUAAGCCUACAAGUAGUGAGUAGCGAGACCUGAGUGGGCUCUCAUGUUUCCUUAUCCUUAUACGUUCUAAAUUUGUUACUUUAGUUCUUGUUUUCCUUGUGACAAAAAAAAUAAAAUAAUAGUUCUUGUUUUCCUA